GAUUAAUUAUUUAACAGAAUUGACCAAUCGCAUUGGCCAAUUAACUAACUACGAUCAAUACGAUUGUUCAAUUUUAUUAAUUAAUCGGUUAACCAGAGUUGGUGAAAAUAGCCCUAAGUGAAGGAGUUCACAAAAAUGGCUGGCCAAGCUUCUUCCGUUUUUCGUCAAGUGAAACCUCUUUUAUCCGUUAACAGAGAAGACGCACGACGAAGAGUACUUAUUCUGUACAAAGCAUGGAUUCGUCAAGUACCGUCAACAUUAUUGGUUUAUGAUGUUCCCUUGAAGGCCCAAGAUUGUAAAGAAAAAAUACGUGAAGAAUUUAAACGUCAUGCUCAUGUAACCGAUGUAAGGAUUAUAGACCAUCUCAUUAUAAGGGGUCAAAUGGAGUUACAAGAAGUAGCUAAUAUAUGGAAACCUAAGAGUCAUCUUAUGACUUAUUGGAAAAAAACAGUGGAAAAGAAGCCAACUGAUUUUAUGUCGAAAUUCCUUAAUGGUCAAGAUUGAUUAGUUCUAUUCUGUCUUUGUUAGUUCUUGAGAUUUACUUCUGCCUGUAUCUUAGAAAAAUAUUGAAAUAAAUUAUAUACAUGAUGUGUAAAUAUAUAUCGCUUGAAUAAAUGGAUAUGUCUAUGUUCUAACAGUAA